AUGUCUCCCCUGCUUCGUCUGACAAGCUCAUUGUCGAGUGCAGUCGAGGAGUACAAGAUAGCGACCGACUAUUUCCUCGAGUGGCUUUGGUGUCAGCACCGUAUGGCCCAUCCGGACCAAGCAACCGGGUACUCCUUCAAGUCAUGCGCGGAGAUUCUCAACGCCGUGAAGCUUGUCGCCGAAGACAAAGUCGCUGUCCCCGCCUCCGUCAUUGCCUCCCUGGAUAGAGCAAUCGACAAGCGACGUAUCGCACUCACAAUUCAUCGGGAAAUUGAGGCUGACGACGUCGAGCAUGAAGUGUUUCUCCAGAAGCUCGAAGUCGCCUUAGAAUUCCUGAUCCCUCUGAAAGCCGAGAUGCCGGCCUUUGACGAUGCCAGCGUUCGGAAUACGGCUCACUCGCAGUUAAAUCGAUACGCGUCACUUUCCAACACCGAGACAGACCCCGAACCAGACGUCCCGGUAUCCAAUAUCUGCGACUGCGAGAAGAAGGUGUCGGCGACGCUCGAAGAGCCCGCUCCCGUGGUCACAGCGAUGAAGUCCCGUUGUCAGUUCCUCGUUGAUGACUUCAUCGGCAAAAUUGCCGACGACAUGGACUAUGUCAAGAUAUACAUUGGUAUGAGAUGGAAAAUUGAAGAGUACUGGACUGAAGCGGCGGAGGGCAAGCUUCCCCUGCCGGUGGCAGCCUGGCUCACCAGCGAGGCCAUGAGAAAGAUCGAGAUCACCAUCCCCAAGGACUUGAAGCUGAUCGACACGUUGAAGCUCGUCGUUGAAAUGGGGCCUGUGCUUCAACGUGUCGACUCUAUUCUGGGGACACAAAAGACCGACACGCCUUGGUGGAAGGAUGCUACUUCACUACUCGAGUACGAACAGGCGCUCAACACACUCGACCAUUGGGGCGAGACUGCUGACGAAGCCAAAACGCCGACUCCCAAACCUUCCAUGCCAUGGGAUACCCAAGAGAUGUCUACCAAUGUCCUUCCCAAGAUCUUUCGAGACAUUCACAGAGCUAUGGGAAGACGGCGGGCAAUCAAAGCCGUCGAGGAUAUUACGUUCUUCAUCCACCCUCGCAACGAAUCGUGCGAGCCAUUCUAUGCAGCUGUCUCCCAUCUCAUCGAUUACGAUUGCAAUCUGGCGUCCAGUCCACUCUUGUUCGGAACGGAUCUGUUUUUAUCUUCAGCCAGGGCCUUCUUCUGGCCCAAGGGGGGCGACCUCAACAAGGAGAACUGCCGUCUCCGGCCCCUGCGAUUGGCGAUGGAUAUGAAGACCAGUGCCAAAAAGGUCGCCGAAAUCUUCCAGGAAUUGCCUAUUCGUCCGAAUGCCACCAUGCAAUUCUACGAGGUGAUGUCCUACUUCCUGAAUGGCCUCGACGCCUACAUUCACGAGCGCAUCUUCGAUGACUACCACUCAGCACCCUUGACGGCGGGGUGCCACAUGGCAGAGAUGCUGUAUCAGGCUCAGCUCGUCGGCAACUGUCUUUUUCUGCAUAAGACAAUCAUUGCCAGCACUCUUCAUUUGUACAAUGCCCUCCGACAGUCACCAGUCAAGCUGCCCCGAAUUCGCAUCAUGGACGAGCUCUGCGAGAUGUUUCAUGAUACUGUCUUCCUCGGAACAUUGCCCGAGAAGAACUUCCUGUCAUGGUAUCGGAAGUGCGUCUAUGACGCGAAGAUUGCCAAGAUCAGCAAGUUGCCACACUAUGGAGCGUCAGGCCUCAGAAUCGACCCAGACCACAGGCCUCGCGCUAUUUCGGUCAAUUCAGCCUUUGCUACUCAGCACGGGAAUGAUCAUGCUCCCAGUCCCGACUUCACUGGUCCAUUGUAUGGCGUCAAAGUCCCUGCCAAAGGACCUCCUUCGACGGCAUCGCUGACCGAGCUCGAUGAGAUAUACUUUAGCAUUCGGGAUAGCGACCACAUUCAGCUCGCCAAAGAGGCUGUCCUGAAAGACUUUCAGGGUCCACGAGCCGUCAUAGCGGUCGACUACUUUUCCCUCUUCAAGUUCUGUGCAGACAUCAUGGACGACUUCACCUACUUCGCCAGGUACGACAUGAGCAUUCGGAGUCCAGAGCUGGCUAAUAUGCCCCUUCAGAAUAUGGUCGACGCUGCCAUUGGCUGCAUUGUCUCCAUGAGCGGUAAGAAGGAGAUGCACCGUGAUAUGCAUCGAAGAUCCGGAGCGGGGUUUGCAUUUAACGCGUUCAGCAAGAUCGAUAAGAAAUUGUCCCUGGACAGCAUGAAAUGGAAGUUGUGA